AUGGCGAUGGAGAGGGAGCCUUUGGUGGGGUUGAAUGCGCUUGCUGCGGUUUCCCAGUGGCUGGCAAAGGCCCUGACGGAGACCUCUGAGAUGGCGGAGGGCCGGGAGUUGGUGUUGGCAGAGGCCGAACAGCUCUUCCAGCGGCUCAGUCUCUUCAGGCCAUCUGUAGUUUCUCGAGACGAAUGGCUGCACUAUUGGAUGUUAGACUCCUCCGCACCCAGUCACUACGCACUCACCAUCCUCCAGGAUGAGUUGCGGAAGCUGGUGCGGAAAGAGGCACCCAAGGUGGUUGACCUGAUGCUUCAGCUCUUCCUGCAAGCUGAUGCCGAUGCCGAUGGGGAGAUCAGCAACCAGGAUAUGGCGCGAUGUUGCAAGAAGUGUUGCCAGAACAGUUGGGACAUGCCGCUUGAAGGUGCAAAGAAGUGGUUGGCUAGAGGCCGGAAGACCGAGGAUGGGACGCUGAACUACUUCGAGUUUGUCAGCGAGCUGAUCGGACGCCAGCAGCAUGAUGCCCGCGCGCCCCAGAACGCCAAGUGCCUCCAAAUUUUCCAUCACCUUCAGCAUUUGCCAACCCAUUUGCCACCUGGCGCCUUGCCAUCUGGUGCCCUCCCCGUCACGCCAUGGCAACGGAGCCCCAUGGUGUGGCGCUGGGUGGCGCUGACCGGUGCCCUGGGCGCUCACGGCCCAGGGCCUUGGCGGGUCGAGGAGCGCCCCGUACUGCGGCCCUUGGAUGGACCACUGGGAUGGCGCUUGGGCAUGGCCAAUGCGGAGCCCAACAGGCGCUACCUCCAGGCCGUGGAGGACUUGGUGGGCGAUCCUCUUCACAAGGCCAAUGCCCUGCUCAACACGGAGUCUGGCAAGGCCUGCUACAAUUCCACUUGCUCCAAUUCUCUUGGAGGUGGUGCCUGUGACUACGACAAGGUUUUCCAAGCCGUUGCCAAGGCCAUCAGAAUCAUCUCAGUUGCUCAGGGCAGGAUGAAGCGCGAGUUUCAUGAGGUCUGUGAGCAAAGCUUCGGGAGCUUUCCGCGCAGCCUUUUGUUGGGCAUGGACUCCCCAGUUCAAACAGCCAGGAGUGCCUUGGGUGUAGUGGUGAUGCGCUUGAAGCACUUGCGGGAGCAGCUGCAGACCGGUGUUCCUCCGUGCAUGCAAGCCAUGGAGGAGGUGCUGUACGCCAAUGUGGACCUGUCCCGCUUUGGGCUGGAGGUCAUAUCGCUGCUGGACCAUCAGCUGACAAUUGAAUCAUGUGGUGCCGGGGAGUUGAAGCUGCCGAAAUCAGUGCGGCAUCGCGUGGAUCUAGGAUUUCACCACAACGACAUCGUGGUCUCCUUGCUGCAGCGGUUCCCGGCAGGGCGUCCGGAGCUGCUGAUGGUGGAGGUGGGCACGGCAGCAGCGGAUUUCACCGUGCACGUCUUGAAGGCCCUGGUGCAGGUGCAGGUCAUCACCAUAGACCCUUGGCUCAAUGACUUCAACAAGACCGACGGGCCAGGUCCUGGUUUGUUGGUGUCGACCUUGGCGCGCCAAGCGCUGGAGCCUUGGGGCUCCCGGGUGACGCUGCUGCAGAUGACCGGGGAGGACGCAGCGAAACUGCUGCCCGACGCAAAGUACGAUUUGGUCUUCAUUGAUUCCGGUCUGCAUCGGGAAGGCGAUGUGAGAUCCUUCCUGCCUAAGGUGCGGCCAGGUGGCGUCCUUUGUGGCCAUGACUUUUACAAGACCCCCGCCUACACCAGGGCUAUACUCGCCAGUGUUCCGGAGGGAAAGGCCUUGUAUUUGGGUCCUGAUUGGAUGUGGUGGUUUGAGGUUUGGCUCUACCAGUAUGACAUCUCUGGUGGUUUGGCGGCUUGGGCUGCCCCUGUUGCCAUGUUUCAGUCUGUGGAAGGGAUUUGGCAUACUGGUAUCAUUGUCUUUGGCAAAGAGUACUGGUAUGGAGGUCAGUGCUUCGAAAGCAAGCCUGAGUCCACACCCUUUGGAACCCCCUUGAAGAGAAGCUAUUUGGGCGCACGGAAUCCUCCGAUGAGCGGCGCCCGCAGUGCACGCACUGUGGCCAAAGCGUGUUCACCACGCAUCGUGGCAAUCCGAAGCCUCUCUGGGCUAUGUGUGGCCGCAACGCUUGUGCUGGUUCUGGGCUCUGCGGUGACACGCUACAGAUACACCGAGCCUUGCGAGCUGGGCGAUGCGGGCGUGUCGCAGGCCCUUUUUGACUACAUGUCCUUUUAUAGCUGCUCCGCGCUGCUACCCCGAGCUGUAAAGGCAGUCUUCCUGCUGCUAUGGUUGGCGCUGCUGAUCAGCAUGCUGGCCAGCACCGCGGACGAUUACUUCGUGCCGCAAUUGGAGGCUCUAUCUGAAAGAUUGGGUCUGCAGGAGGACGUAGCAGGGGUCACUCUGCUGGCGCUGGGCAAUGGCAUGCCGGACGUGAUGACGGCGUGCAGCUCAGUGAACAAGGCGAAUGAUCUUCCACUGACGAUGGGCGAGUUCCUGGGUGCGGCCAACUUUAUCAUUGUCUUUGUCUUCGCCUGUGUGUUGCUCGCCUCCCCCGGUCCCACCGUGGUGGAGAGCUGGCCCUUUCUGCGCGACUCCUCGAUGUAUUUGCUGGUGGUACUAUUCAUGGUCUGUGUGACUUGGGACGGUCAAAUCAGCUUGCCGGAGUCGCUGUGCUUCUUCGGUCUCUACGGCAUCUACCUGGCCGUGGUGCUGCUCCCAGCCCGGCUGCGUCGCAACGAUGGAGCGCAGCAAGAGGAUGUGGAACUCGAGGAGCCAAGCAGCCCCUCAGACAGUUUCCAACCCUUGGCUUCAGAAUCGGAAGCGGAGGAGGUGGGCCCCCAGGCCUUGGAACCACUGGCAGGGUUGCAGAGUAAGGGUGGUUUGAGCCUGGCUUUGUCCACGAUGGAGCUACCCUUUACUGUGGCGAGGCACCUGUGUAUCCCCUCGGCGGCCUGGAAUCAACCGCGCCGAGUGCUGGCCGCGAUGUGUCCCACCUUUGGGAGUCUCUUUAUGUUUCUGUCCUUCGGCGGCUGGGAGGCCUUCGACGUGCCGCCGGCCAAAGUCCCGGGCUGGGCCAUCUGCGGCUUCCUGGGGAUGGUACUGGGUGUGGCAGUGCUGCGGUUCUCCACUCCUGCCAGACAGCCGCGCUGGCACUUGGCGCUACUGCUCUGGGCGAUGUGUUCGGCAGUGAGUUGGUUCAAUUUCUUGGCCAAUGAGUGCGUGGCAGUGCUGGAAGCCUUUGGAUUGAACCUGGGCAUCUCAUCCUCGGUGUUGGGCAUCACCGUCUUGGCCUGGGGCAAUUCGGUGGGCGAUCUGGUGGCGGACACCGCCUUGGCGCGGCAAAACAGGUCCAAAAUGGCCGUGGCCGGGAUCUUCGGCUCUCCGCUGCUCAGUGACCUGCUGGGUCUGGGCAUCGCGCUGACGUCGCACUGCUGGCAGCAGGGACAAAUGCGGUCGCAGCUCAGCAAGCAGCGCCUUGGCGAGAUGCCCCACGGGACAUCUAGGUGA